GCCCAGAAAGCGACGCCGGCGAGCGUAGAAGCGCCGCGACGACGACCAGACGGGUAUCGGGAACGCGUCGGAACGCCACGCCAAGCGAUAUAGUUCGGGGAGACGUAAGCGUAAUAGAGAAAGUUUGUUGUUUAUUUGAUUGGCGGUGAAUUUUUUUGAACGCUGAUAAAAGCUGAUUUUUUUGAAAUAUUUUUGUCGGAUUUUUAUUUUGUCGGCUGUUGAGAAAUUUCGAAAGAAUUUUGGCGCGAUUUCUCGUAGAAAAUACGGACUUUUUUACACUAGAGGGCGACAGUUUCGCUGGCGUCCAUGACUCAGUAAUGACAGCCAAAAGUAAGCGUCCAUCUGAACCGAGACGAGCCAACAAACCCCUAAUGGAGAAGAGACGCCGCGCUAGAAUCAACCAGAGCCUCGCCGCCCUCAAGACCCUCAUCCUCGAUACCGCCAAAGCGGACAACACCAAACAUUCCAAACUAGAGAAAGCCGACAUCUUGGAACUUACCGUUCGCCAUUUCCAACGCCAUCGAAGCCUCGACGUCAAAGGGAUCAACCACUACAAAGCCGGUUACUCCGACUGCGUCAGGGAAGUCCAGAGGUACUUGGAAACCCCCGAUGCUCAGACGAUGACAGUUAUAGAUACAGGUGUCCGACAGAGACUACUAAGACAUUUAGAUAAUUGUGUUUCUGAAGUGGACGUCGAUCUCAGACAAGCUUCGAAUAUUCCACCUCAAAUAGUCGAAGAACGGUUACAACCACCGGAUUCGAGUACUUUGGAGGAAGUCAAUAAUAAUACCAGCAUGAACCCUCUAAAUAAUCCUCGGCCAGAGCUUAAGACAGAAGAUCCCAAAGCUAUCAAAAACUACGAUGGGAAUUUUGUACUGUUAUUGCCAGAGCAUUACGUGCAAUUGGCGAAUGCUCUAGGAGUAAAUCUACGCCAAACUAACGAAGAAGCACCAAGCCCGGGACCUUCAGGAGGAAGUUGUAGCAAUGGUGGAGUUGAACCAAUGGAUAUGGAUAAGCCAACAGGAAGUUGUAAUGCCCCUCCAAAGCCUGAGAUACCAUUAGACUUUAGUAAAGCCAACGAAAGGGUUGAUAGUAUGUGGAGACCUUGGUAAUGGAUAUGUGAGCUAUAAUUUAACUUAUUUUUUGUGCAAUAGAGCUUAUUUUCUCAAGCGGCCAUUAAAACAGUUAUUAGUUACAAAUCCGGAAUUACGUGAGAAAGUUUUGAAGAAUUUUGAAGGUCUUCAAACUGACACAAUGAUAAUUAUAGACAAAAGUGUGCGGAAAGACUUACCACUGAGAGAUAGAGAUAGCUGAGUUUAUGAGAUGGGCAUCGACCUCAUAUAAGUUUUCAACAUUCCACCCCAAAUAGCUGGGAAGCAUAUAUAAUUCAAGUAUGCAAAUUCAAGUAUUCUGGACAAAGACACCAAUAACAUCAGCGUAGUUACUGUCUUCUGUGCAAUAUUUUAUUGUUAGUGAUCAGUUUAGACAACAAUAAUGACUACAUUGUAUAGCCAAAGUUUUAUUUUCAACGAAUGGCAGCUAUAAAACAUUCAAGUGUUGAAUAAUAUGUUUAUCAAUAACUUAAUUCAUCUUUUAUAUCUCAAUUUAACGGUAUUUUUCCAUAGAGCUUUCUAGAAGAUUUUUUACAUGAUGAUAAAAAAACUGUAAAUACUGAAUGACUGUAAAUAGAAAUAGGUGAAUGUUCGCAAGAACUAUUAUAGAAUUAUAAUUUGUUGAAAUUGUGUUAGAAUUUUUAUUGUUAUUGACUAUAUCUUCUUUCUAACGGAU